AUGCGCCGGGCGGUCGCUCGGAUCGAUGCGCUCCGCGUCGCUUCCCUGGCCCCUGGCGCCAUUUUGGCCGCGGGGGCCGGAGGGAGAGAGGCGGCUGCGGGGAGUGGUGCGGAGCGAGACCCGCCCAGGCCGUUUUGGUUGCUAUGGCAUCCCGUGAAGAGAUUACUCUCUAUGAAGAUGAAGUAAGGUCUCGCUACGGCUACCUGGAGAAGAUGACAGAUCUGGUGGCUGUUUGGGAUGUUGCUUUAAGUGAUGGUGUUCACAAGAUUGAAUUUGAACAUGGAACUACAUCAGGAAAACGUGUUGUAUAUGUAGAUGGAAAGGAAGAAAUAAGAAAAGAGUGGAUGUUCAAACUAGUGGGUAAAGAAACAUUUACAGUUGGAGCAGCCAAAACAAAGGCUACCAUUAACAUUGAUGCAGUCAGUGGUUUUGCAUAUGAGUAUACAUUGGAGAUCAAUGGGAAAAGCCUCAAAAAGUACAUGGAGAACCGGUCAAAAACAACAAAUACUUGGGUAUUAAGCUUGGAUGGUAUGGAUUGUAGAGUUGUGUUAGAGAAGGACACUAUGGAUGUCUGGUGCAAUGGUAAAAAAAUGGAAACAGCGGGUGAAUUUGUAGAAGAUGGAACAGAAACACACUUCAGUGUUGGUGAUCAUGACUGUUGCAUUAAGGCUGUCAGUAGUGGAAAGCGAAGGGAAGGAAUCAUUCAUACUCUUAUUGUAGAUGACAGAGAAAUCCCAGAGGUUUUGGAGUAGCCUGGAGUUAAUCUGUUAUAGAAAUAAAGAUCAGGGAUUUUCAAUUACUGUGAUAAUUAAUGAUUUUAAUAUGUACUUCCAGGUACAUUUAGUUUGUGCUUUUUAUUUUCUGGUUACUGUAUAUGAAAUUAUUAUAAUCUUUUUGAGGACCAGAUGAAAAUAUCCAAUUAUGUACAGCCUCAGAUAUUAGCAGUUCUUUUGUAAACUAUAUAAAUAUAUAACACUAAGUAUAAGGAGGGGAAGGUGGACUUAAGUAGGGAUUGUUUCAAGGAAAUCUUUGUUACAAUAAUAAAAUGCAAAAUAAAUAAGCAGUGUAAUAUUGAAUUUUGA